CAGCCGUGGCCCGGCGGCCUGGGACAGAGUCAGAGUCAACGGUGGCAGCGGCGGCGGCGGCGGCUGCCGCGGCGGUGGCGACGGCCGCGGGGACUCGGAGCUGAGAGGAGCUGCUGCUCGGACCAGCGCGGUUAUAUUUCACACUAUGUGCUGACUGUAUCUACAGAAGAUAUUUAAAAAAAAAGAUAAACUUUUUUUCAAAGAUUUUGAUUCCAGUGGAAUCUUUGCUUUAGAUUUGUGUGUGUGUUUGUGUUCGUGAAUUGUAACUCCAGAAGCAAUGCCUGUACAAGCUCCACAAUGGACGGAUUUCCUCUCCUGCCCAAUUUGCACUCAGACUUUCGACGAAACAAUUCGAAAGCCCAUCAGUUUGGGUUGUGGCCAUACUGUCUGCAAGAUGUGCCUAAAUAAACUCCACCGCAAGGCUUGCCCAUUUGACCAGACCACUAUCAAUACAGACAUUGAGCUCCUCCCUGUGAACUCAGCAUUGCUGCAGCUUGUGGGUGCUCAGGUCCCUGAGCAGCAGCCCAUUACUUUGUGUAGUGGGGUGGAAGACACAAAGCAUUAUGAAGAAGCCAAGAAAUGUGUAGAAGAAUUAGCAUUGUACUUAAAACCGCUCAGCAGUGCUAGAGGAGUGGGUCUGAACAGCACUACUCAGAGUGUUCUGAGUCGCCCAAUGCAGAGGAAGCUUGUGACUCUGGUCCACUGUCAACUAGUAGAAGAAGAAGGCAGGAUUCGUGCCAUGAGGGCAGCUCGAUCUUUAGGUGAACGGACAGUUACAGAGCUCAUUCUCCAGCACCAGAAUCCUCAGCAGCUCUCCUCCAAUCUUUGGGCAGCAGUAAGGGCUAGGGGCUGCCAGUUCCUUGGACCAGCAAUGCAGGAGGAAGCUUUAAAGCUGGUUCUGCUGGCCUUAGAAGACGGUUCUGCUUUGUCAAGAAAAGUAUUGGUUCUCUUUGUGGUGCAAAGGUUGGAGCCACGGUUUCCUCAAGCCUCUAAAACUAGCAUUGGGCAUGUUGUUCAGCUCCUUUAUAGAGCCUCCUGUUUCAAGGUCACCAAACGCGAUGAAGACUCUUCUUUGAUGCAGCUGAAAGAAGAAUUUAGAACCUAUGAAGCUCUGAGGCGAGAACAUGACUCCCAGAUAGUGCAGAUUGCUAUGGAAGCCGGCUUACGAAUUGCACCAGACCAAUGGUCCUCUUUGCUUUAUGGAGACCAGUCUCAUAAAUCUCACAUGCAGUCCAUUAUUGACAAGUUGCAGACACCAGCCUCUUUUGCACAGAGUGUUCAGGAACUAACAAUUGCUCUCCAGCGGACUGGAGACCCAGCAAACUUGAACCGACUAAGACCCCAUUUGGAGCUGUUAGCAAACAUUGACCCUAGUCCAGAUGCUCCACCUCCUACGUGGGAACAGCUGGAAAAUGGGCUGGUUGCUGUGCGUACAGUGGUACAUGGGCUGGUUGAUUAUAUCCAGAACCACAGCAAAAAAGGAGCAGAUCAGCAGCAGCCUCCACAGCAUAGCAAAUACAAAACAUACAUGUGUCGAGAUAUGAAGCAGAGAGGAGGAUGCCCUCGUGGGGCCAGCUGUACGUUUGCACACUCACAGGAGGAACUGGAAAAAUUUCGCAAAAUGAACAAGCGCCUGGUUCCGAGAAGACCCUUGAGUGCCUCUUUGGGUCAACUUAAUGAGGUGGGCCUGCCUUCAGCAACUAUCCUUCCAGAUGAAGGUGCAGUGGAUCUCCCUAACAGAAAACCGCCUGCUCUGCCAAAUGGAAUUGUAUCAGCAGGGAAUACAGUAACACAGCUUAUUCCACGAGGGACAGACCCCAGCUAUGAUUCUAGUCUGAAACCAGGAAAAAUAGAUCAUCUGAGCAGUAGUGCUCCUGGAUCUCCUCCUGACCUGCUAGAAUCUGUCCCUAAGAGUAUUGCUGCCUUACCUGUGAAUCCACAUCCUAUACCUCCAAGGGGGCCAACAGAUCUGCCUCCAAUGCCUGUCACCAAACCACUUCAGAUGGUACCUCGAGGUUCGCAGUUAUAUCCAGCACAACAGACAGAUGUUUAUUAUCAGGAUCCUCGAGGAGCGGCUCCACCAUUUGAACCAGCACCUUAUCAGCAGGGUAUGUAUUAUACUCCACCACCACAAUGUGUGUCCCGCUUUGUCAGACCUCCACCAUCUGCUCCUGAACCUGCUCCUCCCUACUUGGAUCAUUAUCCACCUUACCUCCAAGAUCGUGUUGUAAACUCUCAGUAUGGCACACAGCCACAGCAGUACCCACCUAUAUACCCAUCUCACUAUGAUGGCCGUCAAGUGUACCCUGCUCAGUCGUACACGAGAGAAGAGAUGUUCCGAGAAAGCCCUAUACCCAUUGAGAUUCCACCUGCAGCAGUACCAUCCUAUGUACCAGAAUCCAGAGAAAGAUACCAACAGAUCGAGAGUUACUAUCCAGUGGCUCCUCAUCCACCUCGGAUCAGAGCUUCGUACCUCAGAGAACCACCUUAUAGCCGGCUUCCUCCUCCUCCCCAGCCUCAUCCUAGUCUAGAUGAACUACAUCGCCGACGAAAGGAAAUAAUGGCCCAGCUAGAAGAAAGAAAGGUUAUCUCUCCACCUCCUUUUGCACCGUCACCAACCUUGCCUCCUACCUUUCAUCCAGAAGAAUUUUUGGAUGAAGACUUGAAGGUAGCUGGGAAAUACAAAGGAAAUGAUUAUAGCCAGUACUCUCCCUGGUCAUGUGACACCAUCGGCUCCUACAUUGGAACCAAAGAUGCAAAACCCAAAGAUGUUGUGGCAGCAGGGAGUGUGGAAAUGAUGAAUGUGGAGAGUAAAGGAAUGAGGGACCAACGAUUAGAUCUUCAGAGAAGAGCAGCAGAAACCAGUGAUGAUGACCUCAUCCCAUUUGGAGACCGACCAACAGUGUCUCGGUUUGGUGCCAUCUCACGAACUUCCAAAACUAUAUAUCAGGGUGCUGGUCCAAUGCAGGCUAUGGCACCUCAGGGAGCUCCUACAAAACCUAUUAACAUUUCGGAUUAUAGUCCAUAUGGAACCCACAGUGGCUGGGGAGGUUCUCCAUAUUCACCUCAUCAAAACAUACCAUCUCAGGGACACUUCAGUGAGAGGGAGAGAAUAUCUAUGUCAGAAGUGGCCAGUCAUGGAAAACCCCUUCCAUCUGCUGAGAGAGAACAGCUACGACUAGAAUUGCAGCAGUUGAACCAUCAGAUUAGCCAGCAGACCCAGCUACGUGGACUAGAGGCUGUUAGUAACAGGCUGGUGUUGCAGAGGGAGGCAAACACCCUGGCAGGCCAGUCACAGCCUCCACCACCACAACCUCCAAAAUGGCCUGGAAUGAUCUCAAGUGAGCAGUUGAGCUUGGAACUGCACCAAGUGGAAAGGGAAAUCGGGAAGAGAACACGGGAACUGAAUAUGGAAAACCAGUGUUCUCUGGACAUGAAAAGCAAAUUGAAUACAAGUAAACAAGCAGAAAAUGGACAACCAGAACUACAAAACAAGGUUCCGACCGAGGAUCUUACAUUGACAUUCAGUGAUGUACCAAAUGGAUCAGCCUUGACACAAGAGAAUAUCAGCCUCCUAUCAAACAAGACCAGCUCUCUGAACCUAUCAGAGGACCCUGAGGGAGGAGGGGAUAAUAAUGACUCCCAGAGAUCAGGAGUUACUCCCAGUUCUGCUCCUUAAAAUAUGAAGAGUCCUACUUUUAUCUUCUGCUCCUAAUCGGUUUGUCGGCCAUAGGGGUAGGAGAACGGAUAACUUCUAAACUUUUUCUCUUAAGAGCAGUCAGAGAAAUCCAGGAAAUUCACCAGAGGCAAUGUGCACAAACACCACUACUAAAAACAAACCCUGCACAUAGUUCACAUUAAUGCAUUUUUUUAAUUUAAAGAAAAAGAAAAUUAGCAGUAUCUGCAAGCAAUUCAGAUUAAAUUUGUUUUUGUUCUGUGAAUGAACUUUAUUUUAAUAACUUUGGACGCCUUGGAUCCAGGGCUUUAAAAAAAAAAAGAAGAUAUUAUAUAUACACUCUGUUUGAUUAAUUGUAUGAUCUUAAUGAAGUAGGUUUUUCUUGUAUUUUGGUAUUAUUACAUACCCAGUGUAUAAUUCCUUACCCCCAAUCCUUAUCAGCUCUCACCACCCUAUAAACUUAAAACAGACCAAAAACGUCAGCUUUUGGAGAAUUCUGCGAUGCUUGAGAAACAGACAGUAAUAGACUGAGUUAUUAGAAAAUGUGCAGCAAACCAACUUUUCCCAGAGCUGUUAUUUGGAAUUCUUUAUCCCUGUCUAGAUCACUAGUUUCAUUGGAUAGGAAUGCUUUUCUUGACAUUGAAACUUUUGUUUGAUUGUUUAGGAAGGUUUUAUUUUUUUUUAUUUUAACUUUUCAGAGAGAGAAUUACCAAUUUUUGAAGUCCUUAUUUUCAUAUUAAGGAUCAUUUGCAUUCUCUUAAUAUAAUUAGAAAGCUGAUUCAGUGUUCAGUUGUUUAAUUAGAUUUAAACGGUGAUUAAGAAUUGACUGUAACUUAUUGUAACUGUAGUACUGAAAAUACGUGUUUGGUGUUUUGCCUGCAUUCAGCUCAUGGUUGGAAAUUUGGAGCAGUGCUUUUCAAAUUAAACUUUUGCCGAAAUCAUAGGAUGCUCAAAAACAAGGACAAUCAACCAUAUUUUAAAACUGCAACACUUCAUUUGAACUUAAAAUGAAUAGAGCCACAUUAUUUCAAUAGAUGUUUUUGUUUUACUUGUAAACUGAUUUCGUCUUAAGGAUAGUUUAUGAAUUACUUGUUAUUCAGAAUCAUUAGUAUAAGUAGGUAGGAAAUAGUUUGAAGUCAUUUUUCAUAGAUUUUGCUGCCCAAUAUUGAAAAUGUUUCUUCAUGAAAAUGUUGAAAAGAGUUAAGGAUUUUUUGUUUUUAUUUAAUUCUGCUGCACAUAUUCUGAUGCCAUGUGUCUGUGCUUAACUGCGACCCUGUAAAACAUGUUUAGUGGGGGCUGUUUGAUAGAGCUGCCCUCUCCAUCCCUCUAUUUGCCCAAUUUUUUCAGUUUCCCUUUCUGGAUUAUACUACUAAAUUAGAAAGCACUGGUUAUGUAAUAAGUUACUGCAUUGCUUUGGUUGGGUAAAAACAAGAGUUUAUAUUUUUCUUGUUUCUUAUUUUCUUAACCCUUAACUCCUGCUGAGGUCAUAACAACCUCAGUCUAAGCUCUGUGUCCAUCAUACUGUUAACUUAAACAAAUGGGUGGUGGGGGUGGGAAGGGUAAUACAGUCCUGCCAUUGCCUACCAGUAGGAGAGUCCAAACAGAACACUCUUUUGAGUAGCAAUUAUUUAAUUUGCCCAGUCAAGGCACCGUGUUUAUAUACUAUUUCACAUUGAAUUUGAUUAUGCCCUACAGACCUGGCUGGUCAAGGAUUUGAUAUACACAUAUUGGCUUGGGAUUCGAGCUUUCUUUUUUAUUUAAAUAAAAAUUUAUAUAUAUAUUAUAUAUAUACAUAUAUACAUAGCUAUAUCUGUAUAUAUAUUGGGUAUGUUUUAAGGAUUUUUUCGCAUGAGCGCAGCUGUUGCGAUAAAUUGACCGAUUGGGAAGUGGUAGAAGCACUGAAUGAAGAUGAGGCAUUUUUUUUCAGUUGACUUAUGCAUUUUUCUUUCUUUCUUUCUUUCUUUUUUAAAAAAUGCUUUUGACGUUUUAUUUUAUUAUUAUUAUUAUUUUUUGAUUUUGUUUGCUUUUUGACUUUCACUUAAAACCCUUUCACAUUUACACUUUAAAUGCCUAUUGUUUAUUGGGAGAAGGAAAGAAAUUUAUGUAUGUCUGACAUAGUCCCAAGGUUUUUCAUUUAUCUGCAUAACUGUAAAAGGCAACAUUAUCGGCCUCCAACCUUCUUUUUUUUUGAGACAGAGUGUCACUCUUUCGCCAGGCUGGAGUGCAAUGGCGUGAUAUCAGCUAACUGCAACCUCUACCUCCUGGGUUCAAGCGAUUCUCCUGCCUCAGCCUUUUGAGUAGCUGGGAUUAUAGGCACAUGCCAUCGCACCCAGCUAAUUUUUGUAUUCCAGCCUUCUUAUAGGCAGAUUUGGAUCAACUUACUUCUCCUUUGAAUAUGUUAGAUCAUCCUAAAUUUUAGAAGCAAUUGAUUCACUUUGAUUCAAUUUGAUUCACUUUGGAAUUCAGAAUGAUUCUUGUAUUAGAAGAUAAUUUGUGGGUAUUGAUUUCUGUUUAAGUUUACGAUAAAAGUAAAGAUUGAUUUGGGGUAGCAAUUGAAACCCCUAAUAGCUCAAUUUCUGUUAUUCUUGUUCUUAUUUCCUUUAAAUAUACUUGUUCUUGUCUUUUGUCAUUUUGAUUCUGUGAAGUAGGCAGGAACAGGGAUUAGUCUAUACAGUAUUCCUGUUCUGAACAAAACCAGAAAGUCACUGUAUAAACUUGACUUAAAAUGGUAUCUUUAUCUUUUCAUGUAUUUUCAUUUAGGAGGAGAAAAAGUCUCUUCAAUUGCAACCCAAAUUCAAAAGGUACCCCUCCUUGGCCCUACACUCUAGAGCUAAUCUGGUUGGGUAGCAAAUCACAAGAAUGGUAUAUUAUCCCAUUGUGCCUACAAUGUAUUUUAAAUUAGUCAUUCUGCCUUACCUAAUGGAAAUUCUUGCAACUUUCCUAGUGCUCAUCAAUGGUUUUAGGAAUUCACGAACAGCCCCAAAAUUUGGGGGUUUUUUCCCUUUCCUUUUUUCUGUGAUAUCAUGAGCCUGUAAGGACAAGUGGCAUAUUUGGGCAUAACUGCUUGACUUUGUAACUACUUUUCUAAAAUCAAAAUCUGAAAGGUAUCCAUUCCUUCUGGCUUUUAAAUUUUUUUUUCAAGAGACAAAGAUUAAACCAGAUAUGAAAUACAGUUUCUAUGCUUUCUACUUAUUAAAGUAUUAGUUUCUUCUAAAUAUUACUUUAUUUGUAUUUCACUAAAUUCAAAAGCAAAAAUUGGCCAUCUGAAAUGAACAAUUCUGAAUAGGCUAAGGUAGGAGUAAUAAGCAUUGUGUUCACUCAUUUAUAGGUAAGGGAAUUUUAUUUAUAGUGAGAAUUAUAAAAGUACUUUGACUUACUCUUUUUUUCAAGGGGUCUCUAGAAAAGGGUAGAAGAACAGAAAAUAAGACACCUAGAUUCAAUUUCUGUUUUAUGUGUAGCUCUUUUGCAUAAUUUAUACAUAAUAUUGUCACAAGAUAAGUCCAAUAGCUGUCCUGUCUUGGAUAAUUCAGAGGCUGAAGUGACCAAAGAUCCAUUACUUAUUACUUUUCUAAUUAAAAGUUAGCAUAAAUUUCUAAUAAUAUUAUUCUAGGUAUUGAUAAGACACUAUUCCUAAUGCCAACAACAAAUAUUCAACUACUCAGAAUGUAUUUUAAAAAUGGUUUGGUACAGCAUUAAUGUUGGUGUCUCCUUGCUCCCAUCUUAUUUCCCUUCCCUUCCAUUCUUUCCCAUGUAUUUCUUUUGCCUGAAAGACAGAAUAUUGGUAUGAUUCUCAUUUGCUACUUUGAGUAUAAAACUCCAUCAGACUUUCCAGAGUUCUUCAGGGAUGGAGCUCAAAGUUUACAUUUUUCCAUAAAUGUCUUUUUUUCUUGACCUUUGUCCACCCUGUAAUUUCCCCUUGACUUACCCAAUGCCCUCCCCAAUCUGCAACAGUGACAGUUUGCUGCCUCAAAACAGAGCAUUCAAAUGAAUUCGCUUAGCCAAUAACUUCUGUGAAGUUGCCUUUUCUAAUGGUGUUAUUACUCAGUGAUGCACAAAUGUGGUAUUUGCCCUACUGGUAGGCAAACAAAGGUCUGGUUAAGAAUGGUAACCUGCUGUUUUCUUUAAAGGAGAGCCAAAGACUUGUGCUUUACUCUGUUUUGGUUUUGGGGGAAGUAGUAGCCAUUUUGAUCGUGAAACCUUUUAGUAUUUGUGAGUUGAUUGUACUGUGUAAGUAGAUUUAUCUAAAGUUAACUGUUAAAGUUAGCUAGCCUUAUAAAAUGUAAAAGUAAUGAAAAUUCAUCAGUUUCUCUAAACCAGUGAAUAUCAUCUUUUAUAAUAUUGUGUGUAAGCAUUUGUGCCCACCCCAACUUCUGUUAUCACUGUGGUCAAGUCAUGGGUCUGAGUAAAAUAAUUCUUGAGUAUGUGACUGGUAAGAAAUAACUACUAUAGUCAGUACAUGUACAAAUUGUUAAAAUUAAAGAAAAAUUAUUUUCACUAAAAAGAAAAAGCAUUUGUCUCAGUAAAGAAGUAUUCAGUUUACACAGCUCCUUGGAAACCCACCCAGAAAAAAAGAAAAAGAAGUAUUUAGUUGCUGUCACUUAUAUACAAAUGGUGGUGGGUAGCAGUCUCACCAUUUUUCUACUCUCUUUUUGCUCGUUUUAAAGAAUUGAGUAAAUGUUUUACAUGUAAAAUCUGUCUGUAAAAAGCACCUGUAAUGAUUAUAUGUCAUUGAAAGGAAUGGGGAAGUUACUUUUUAGGAGAGAUUAAUAACCUACCGGGAAAUUUAGGGACUACAGUGUUUACUUAGAUUUUUCCCCCUGCAAAGAGUCUAAGUGUGUUAAAUUUUUAAUUGAUGAUAAGGUGAUUUCUUCCCCUGAAAAAUCUGCCUAUCCUUUUAAGAAAAAUUAGAGCUACUAAACUAAAGCAAAUUUUACUUUCAUCAUUAGCUCUUGAACAAGCAAGAAGUCUACUACUGUCAUUAUUUUACCAGAGUGCCCACCUUUCUACCUUGGACAGCUAUGAUUUUUAUAUUUAUUUGUAGCUUCAGCUCAGGUUUAUGAAAUUUUCCUGCUGAAAUGACUUACUGGGAGUUGUAGAUUGAUGAUAGUUACUAUUAAAAAAUUUCUCAAUUUAGCUUUUCUGAGCCACUUCAAAAAGAAAGCUGUUUUGUCAAAAGGUAGUAUUAAUUGUAGUAAGUACAUCUUAAGAUUUGAAUUUUUAAGAUUCGGUUCUGUGUUCACUAAAGAUCUUUUCACAAGUAAUAGAUUAUAAUCGAUAAGUAAUACUAGCUAUAGUACUAAUAAAGAAUAAGAAACUAUCACCACCAGGAAUAAAUAACACCUUUUUAUAAUAAAUGUGUUCCUAAAAGGUAUGUUUUCAAUACUGCACUGAACAAAGUGGGUAAAGUGCCCUUUGAAAUCCUGUUGUAAUAAAGGAGCUUACCUCACCACUGGAAUCCUUGUUUUCAGAGCCUCUGGAUUUUCAGCCAAACACUGAAUUCCUCCUAAACUUUAUCCCUGAACAAAACAUCACUAGAGAACAAACUUUAUUUUCACAAGAAAAUAAGGCACAAUAAGGGGGAAGAGCUUAAACCUCAAGAUAAUAUUGUGUCCAAAAGUGUGUAGUUAGAAAAAUAAAACCCUGUGGAGUUUGUUAUCCUCAUGUUUAUUUUAUACUAGAUGAUUUGUUUCCUUGUAUUGAGGUCUUACUGUUUCAGAUUGGUUUUGGUUUUUGUUUCUGUUCUAACUCUAAGCAGACAGAGCUCACAAGUCUUUGGCAUCCGUUUUAGGUUGUACACUCAGAGUCAUCUUAUAACUGGAAACUGUCAGGUGGUCCCCACCCCAAUGAGUGUAUGAAAGGGUCAAGAAAAGGAUAGAAACAAACUAUUGGAUGGAUAAUUGGUUGCUGGGUGUUUUUUUUUUUUUUUGGCCUCUUUUUUAAAAAUCACCAUUUAUUAGUGUGAUCUCUCUCCAUUGAUUGGCUGUCAUUCUCCUAAUAGCUGAACUACCCGAUAAAAUAGUUCUUUGAUUUAAAGGCAUUUAGCUUUUGCUUAUGGUUUUUACAUCCUCUAUUCAACUAAGACACUGUCCUGAGAGAUGCUUUUUCCAGAUGGAUCGUUGCCUAAAUUUUCACACUUCUCCCCUGUUCAUCCUUUUUUCUCUUCCCACUUCCUGGGAAUAAAAGGAACUUUUU